GAGUUAUAUAGAAGACAAAUGCAGAUGCUAUGUUCUUGCUGGUACACAGAAUAAGGACGACAACAUUUUUGGAAAGUUUUGCCAUUUGAGCACUUCUCAUGUUGUUCUGGAUAAAAGGUAUUUUUCUAUAGUCCUAUCUUCUAUGUUUGAAUUAUUGCAUUAUCUGUGAGGAAUCCAUCUUAGAUGAAAGAAAGAGACUUCAGCAAGGUAAGGGAUAAAAAUUUGUGAUGGAUAUUUGUGUUUCAGUUCAAUUCUGGUUUUGUACUUAUAUUAAUCAGCUUAUUUAGAUUAUGAAUUGAACAUACUGCUCCAUGAAAUUUGACUCUUCAUAUAAAGACUAAUGCAGGAUUGCACAAGGGUUGAAUGAAAGUAGGAUAAUUCCAUCUGUUUCAGACUACUUGUCUUGCAAGGAUUUAUAAAAGCUGUAACCCCUGUGCACUUCACAUUAACACGUGUCAUGGGUACCUAGGUAGCAGAAAUAAGCUAACUGACAUACUAGCUGAGCAAUGGCAGCACAAAUGUAAUUGUUAUUGUAAUCCACGGGCUGUGCUCAUUAUCUUUCUCAAAGUUGACUUAGCUAUAUUUGUCCUAGGACACUUAGAACUGUACAGGUCCAGAAGAGCUGUUUUAAGUCAAUAAUAUUGAAUUUGGUGAGGGUUGGUAGAGGUGGAAUAAAAUUAUUCCUACAGGACAAACACCACCAUUCUGCUGUUGAUAAGAGGGCUACUAGCUGUAAAGAAGAUCUUUAGUUAAUUUCUUCCCUUUCUUAAGUUAUAUAUACAAUUUAUUUAAAUGUAGAAUGUGGGACUUUCUUUAAUUGUCUCUGAAUUUUUUGGAAGUGGUUAAAAAAAGUCUUCAGGUUUGAAAAGUUGAACUAUCUUUCUGUUUUUUUUCUUAGGGCUGCUAGUUGGGAUCUGACUUUUUUUCUUUCCACUGCUGGUUAAUACCAAAGAUUUCUUGUUAUUUUAAUAUAUAUUUAUUUCUAACGUUUAAUCAGGAAAACAUUCCAUAAUCCAGUUUCUAUUAAGUAUGUGACUUGUCUGUCUUUAGAACUAUGUCAGCUUAGCAUUCCUUUUUAUAAUGCUGUACAUUCAUUCUCCUGUGCAUAUGUGAACGCCCUUUGGUCUCCAUACCUUGUUCUUGUUCUCUGCAAGAGUUCAAGUCUUAAUAGUCAAAAGCAUUGUCCUAAAGUUCCUGUGACUUGCUUAAGAGAUUACAUAUUAAUGUAAGGCUUUUAUCAUGGUCAAGUUAAAGCUGAGGAAAAUUUUAUGCUAUACUUUCCUCUUGGGCUACUCCACUUCUUUGUUUAAAGGUACUUUCAUUCUUUUAUAAGUAAUUUUAGAUAAAUGCCUUUGGUUUGAGGUAUUUUAUGCUUGUGAUGGUGUAUGAAGUCUAUUACCUACUUUUCUUUUUAAACUUGGCUGUCUGUAUAUAUAAUCAUACAAAUUGAGGUCUGUAGCUACUUAAAAAAAUUUAAUGACAUUAAUUAAAAAAAAAACAGAAAAUAAGCAGACAAAUCAAGAAAGUGUCAUUAUACUGGUAAAGCAUAUUUAAAAGUACUGCAGUACAGAAGCUUUCAGUUUGCAGCAGACCAAGUAUCUGGCAUAGCUGGUUCUGAUAUAAAGUUUCUUAGUGCAAGUAAAACUGUUUAAAAGUAGUGCAUGCUUCAGUGAAGGAACAGUGGAAACUGCCAAGUAUGUUAUUUUCCUUGAGGAAAUAACUUCUGUUGGUUUUUUGUUUUCUUAAAAUUGCUAUUGCUUCAGUAGACAAAUAUAAUGUGUUUUUCCCCCCUCAAUUGUAAGUGAAGUCAAAUGAGAGAACUUAUAACUACAUUUGCAAUAGCUUGAAGCAACAGCUUGGGGACGGGUGAAUUAUAUUCAAAUAUCAGGCUGCCUGGAGUGCUGUAAUUCUAUAGCUCCAUAAUGUGGCUUUCACAGUGUCACACAACUCAGCACUUCUGUGGAAUUGGACACUUCACAGCUGAUGCCCAUCCCUGUUUUAUUUCUCUGCCUGCAGCUGCCUUUUAUUCUCCAGCUCUUCCCACAAAGAACAUAUAAUUGGAUUACCUUGUACGGUAGCCAGACUUCAGAGGGAAGAGAAGCCAGAACUGCUUAGCAGCUCCCAGUCAGGGAUGGGAGGAGGUCGUAAACUUAGAUCGACAAGCUACGUUUGAGAAUGGUGCACUUACCUAAGGCAAAUGUAUUACUUUUCACAAGGCAGACAGCACCUCGAACACUUUGCAAAGCCAUGGGAUUUACACAAGUGAAACAGCAGGAGCAUUUCUGGGGAAAAGGAAUACUGAUAGUAAUUAUUUCGUAGUGAAACAAUCUGCUGCAAAUACAAUUAAGCUGUCAGUCAAGAGAAAAUAAUGAUGAAGCAAUGCUGAACAGAUUUCUUCUUCCCCCCCACCUGUCAGUAAAAGCUGUGCAAUUUCUCCUUGGGAAGGCAUUCAUCUGUCAAAGCCAGUGCUAUCCUCAUCACUGUGGGGUGGAUUGGGGGAUGUUUUUUUUUUUGCAGUUUUUUGUUGUCUUCAGAACAUCUGGGGGCUAUCAGGUAGAAAGUAGAGUGGCUUUCAACCUGUCCUGUUUCACUGCUUUUGUAUCAUCAAAACAGGGAGUCUGUGUCUGGUCUGUUUCAGCGCCACUGGAGGAAGGAGAUACAAAGAGUUCAAAAAGCCCCGUACUUGAAAGAGUGCUAUUGCACCCCUUAAUGUUGGUACCUUCUGCUUUGAAAUGAAUUGUUGUAGCACAGUGCUAACACAACCCCAGAUACACUACCCAUCUUUAACUCAUUUACAUAAGUACAGUCAUUAACACAGUUAAAACUUUUUAUUUCAUUAUAUAUCAUGUUUUUUGUGUCAGAUGUAUCUGUGCUUAUUUUCUUGCUAAAAUGGCAGCAUCAGAGUAUAAGACUGGAGAGUCGUUUAACAUUCAGUUAAACUCUCAAUUCCAGAAUGAUUAUUGCUUGUCAAAGUUGCUAGGUUCUUAAAUAUCCACUAUUAUUUGUAUGUCAUCUUUCUUUGGGUGGGUAGCUCUAAGUAAGAUUGUUGUUUUGGUUUUGACUUGGUUUUGUUUUUCUUUCUGUUGUGCAUUAGUAGUUGGGAAGAAGAUCUGAGACGGCUGUGGGUUGAGAUUGUAUGAUACAAAAAUGCUAUCAAACAAAAUGGGAAGAAUCAUUUUAUUGGUUCUUAAAAUACAAUGCUGAAGGUUUCACUAACUUAUUAAAGCAUGGCAUGAUAUAACUCAGAAUAUACAUUUAUUAGUGAAAGUAUGUCAGCAUUUGGAAGUCCAACAUACUGUGGCCGUUUUAAAUAAAGCUUCUGAGAUUUUUAGUGUGGAUUUCUUUUACACAAGACUCCAUUUAAGGUCUUAGAAUUUCUUGCAAAAGAUAGACAGAUAGUAGUAGGUUUUAGGUGAUAUGAGAUGAUAAAUGUGCCCUCCAGAUCAGAGCGAGGAAGGAUGAAAAGGGGGCUGGAAAGGAGCAAACAGAAGAAAUGUUAGUUUCACACUGGUAUGUCUUUGCAGCAAAUCAUCAAACGGUGGUUUAGGCUAUUUUGGAGGCAUGGUAGAAAUGCAGAGUGCUUUAAGGGUGAUCUGGCAAAAAUUCUCACUGGGAAUGCAUUCUUCUAAAUGUUGGCCUGGCUCCUAUGCUCAACAGUUACUAUUUUAGGAAUCUUGGAAAAUAAAAAUGAAUUAUUCUGUUAACCCCAACAUUCUCCACUCUAUGCUUCUUUCUACAAGGCAGGCAGAUAGUUAACUAAGUACAUGCACAACGUAAAUAAGGAACUGGAAGCAUAGUGAUCCUGAAUGGUUGGCUUUGUUACAAACAUGCCUUAGAUCUCAUGUGACAGAAAAGAUCAGACGAUCCAAUAAGGGCUCUAAAAGAAACUCUGCGUUUCACCGAGUCUGGAGUUUGUGUUCAACUGCUAGAUGCUGAAUGAGGGGAGUCCCAUUGAAGAAAAUGAUUUCUGUUGAGGAAGAGUCUGAAGACGCAGACAACCCAAUAUGUUCUGCAUCAGUCUCAUAACAGCAGCUACGUAAUCCACAGAAACAGAAUUUGAGGUCAGUUGCUAAACUGUCAGUGGAGAUGGAGUAAAGCACCUUUAAGCUUUUGCUAACACUGUACUCAGCUGUGACUCAGAGAGGAGCUCCCGGAUCACCAUUUCCUGGAGAUUGUAUUCCAAGCCUACACAGUGGUAAAAGUGCAACAAGGCUCAUGCAGGCUAACGUUCUAGAGGUUUGCCCACAUCUGUUCUUCUUGUGAUAUGCGCCAUCAAGGAGUCAAAUGAUUUAUUUGUGAGAACAGUUCCUUAAUUGUCCGCAGUGUAUGGUCGUGCUAGUCCACAUUGCAGAUCAGCGUGCUCCAUUCUGUCCACCAUGCCAACCCUACCUGAAGAAAACGAACAACCAAAAGAGGCACAAUGCAACAGUUCUACUCCAGCCAAAGACACUGGUUCUGAAGGAACUACAAGCAGUACACCUUCUAUUGUUCUUCCAGAGAAUGCUGGUAUGCCUGAUGUAGAAAUUGAUAAAAAUCUGGUUAACAGACCUCGUAGUCCUCAUAGAAGACAUUCUAACCGUGCCACUAGAAAUUCAACUAGUUCCUUGACUUCUGUUGACAACAAUGGUCAUGUGAUUGAUCUGGUAAAUGAUCAGCUACCAGAUGUCAACAUAUCAGAAGAAGACAAAAAGAAGAACCUUGAAUUACUAGAAGAAGCAAAGAAAGUGAGCGAAAGAUUUCUAAUGCGCAGAGGCAGAAAGUCAAGAAGCAGCCUCCCUGAGUCACCCACAGCAGUUUCGCCUACCCUUAGUCCAAAAGUUUCACCAGUAACAUCUCGGAGCAACUCCCUUACUCUUCCUAUUCCGUCAGGGUCUGAUGUAUGUACAGCCACUAGUGUUGAGUCAGUAUCUCCAGUUCAGAAUAACAGAACUUUCAAAGAGGAUGACAGACAAGCUGCAGAGAACGUUUCCAAAGGAUUAAUGGAUCGGAGACUGAAUGAUCAAAGAAAGAUUUCUCAGGGAAGGUUGGUUCCUCGUUCUGCUGGUUUUGAAAACUCCAAAGAAAAACUCUCUGAACAAAAAGAAAACUUUGAUCCGUGUAAGCAUGUAGAUACUUUACCUAAGUGCUCCCCUUCAGGUAGUGAUGGUGGCAGAAUGUCUCUUAACACUUGCUUGAAUGUCUGUGAAAAUGAAUUUGGAAAAUCCUUUCUCAAGAAAGCAAAAGAAAAUGAUGUUCCUUUAAGAACCUGUCUACCAGGACCAGGAAUAGGAAAUAUAGACUCAAAGCUAAAAAGUCCUAUUCCAGAAAUGAGGGACCAUAAAGUUUCUUUUAAACCAGAAUUUAAACUGUGUGGGCUGCGUCCUCCUCUACUACGAGCUGUAUCGUGGGAUAGUUUAGAGCCUGGACAGAAAGAUAAGACACCCGUAAAGUUACCAUCCGAGGAAGAUAAAAGCUUUGUUGUUGGUAAUAAAUCCAGCAAUCAAAUAAAAGCAUUCAAAGACCUCCAAAUCCAAGUUCAACCUGUACGGAUGCAGAAAUUGACAAAACUCAGAGAGGAGCAUAUUUUGAUGAGAAAUCAAAAUUUAGUUGGACUUAAACUUCCUGAACUUAGUGAAGCUGCUGAACAGGAAAAAGGUCCUUCACCUCUCCCCUCCCCCACUGAAGAGGAAGAGACAAAGAAUAGCUCCGAUGUCAUGCCUGGCAUUCCUGACAUAUUGCUGCGAAAGCUACGUGUGCACAAGUCUCUUCCAGGAAGCUCCCCUCCACUUACUGAAAAAGAAGUUGAGAAUGUAUUUGUACAACUUUCCUUGGCCUUUAGAAAUGAUAGUUAUACCUUGGAAUCAAGAAUUAACCAAGCAGAGAGAGAGAGAAAUCUUACUGAAGAGAAUGCUGAGAAGGAAUUGGAAAACUUUAAAACAGCCAUUACGUCUUCAGCUCACUUAUGGCAUCACUACGAGCACAGAGAAGCUUACCAGAAACUACUGGAGGAUAUUGCUGUUCUGCGGCGUUUAGCUGCUAGACUAUCUAGUCGUGCUGAAAUGGUUGGAGCAGUUCGCCAGGAGAAGCGUAUGUCAAAGGCGACGGAAGUAAUGAUGCAGUAUGUGGAAAAUCUGAAAAGAACAUAUGAAAAAGAUCAUGCUGAACUAAUGGAGUUUAAGAAACUUGCUAAUCAGAAUUCUAGCAGAAACUAUGGUGCAUCUGCAGAAGAUGGAGUACCUCGUUCGUCUAGAUCCAUGUCUCUAACAGUUGGAAAGAAUAUGCCUCGGAGGCGAGUCAGCGUUGCUGUUGUUCCUAAAUUUAACUCCUUAAACAUUCCUGGUCAGUCACCAACAGCUUCACCUAUACCUUCAAUGCCAUCCCUGUCUGAAUCACCUAGCAAUGGAAAGAGCAAUCUAACAUCUAAUCCUGUUCUGCCAGCUGUUCUAGAGAAUGGAAAGACAAAUGGAGAGCCUGACUGUGAAACCUCUACUUCUACAGUGACACAGGGCGGGCUGGAAGAGAUCAAUCCUGAAACUAAAGCCAAGAUAGAAGAGGAAGCAUAUAACAAAGGCUAUCAGGAAGGCUUGAAGAAAACCAAAGAACUUCAGGACCUGAAGGAAGAAGAUGAAGAGACACCAAAAGAAGGUCUUCAUGAUGAACAUGAAGAAAGUGAAAAUGACAGUGAGAUAAAAAACCUGAAAAGCAGCAGACUUGAAGUCGUCAUUAAUUAUUUAUAUAUACUGUACCCCAAACUCUGUAAACACUGGAAUGUGGUAUGGCUCAUAGUGGCUGCAAUAAUCAUUUUUGCUGUGCUGUUGGGAAUCUACCACUCAUACAGCUCCUGUGAUGAAGUAUCAGAGAGACCUGAAGGGAAAGCCAGCUGUUCUGCUGCCCAUCAAUAUUCCUGGUGGAACUCAGGAUUUCAACAUGAGCAACGCACUGAAUAACAAAGCAACAUUAUGUCUUUAUGGUACCUGAGAGAGCACAGUAUUAGAACACUGUUGUUAAAGGUGGUGCUUAGUCAUCUUUACAGCUGCCAUAUGUUACACAAGUGAGUUACUCCACCCCAUCAAUCUUGGGGAUACAUUGUGAACAUAGCUUGCCAAAAUAAUAAUCUGGUAAAUAAUUAGUUUUAUCCUCUUAGCGUAAAUGACUGAUUCAAAUAAUAUUGAAUCAUGAUAAGGUUUUGGCAGUAAUCAGCAACCAGCAGUCAAUUAACAGAAAGAUUUGCACAAGAUGUUGACAUCUCUCCUAUGAUUUUGAAGGCUAUGAUUAAAACUAUAUUUGCAGUUAGUGCAAAUAUGCACUUUGCAUUUUGCAUUUCCUGAAUUCACUGUGUUGUUGUUGUUGACGUAUUAAUGACAUUUGUGUCCUUUGGAUUUUGAAAAUGUAACGUUUUUGUUGCUGUUGUUCAUGAUUUUUGGGUAGAAAUACAAGGCUAAUGGAAGGUUAAAAUUAUUUUGUUAGCCAAAAUGUCUUGUGGAUACCUUAGUUUCAUGAAGGGAAUUAUCUGUAUGCCAGUACAUUCAUACGUGUGUUUUAUGAUACACUUUACAACUAGGACCACCUCUGUUUUUUGAAUUUGGAUAUACAACAAAACCUGAAAUGAGGUCUAGGUGGCGCUGUUGGUGUCAUCCAAUAGAUUUGGGAUCUGAUGUUAGUGUGGGCUCGUUGUCUUUUGGUGUCAAGUCUGAAGCUCAAGCUAACUAUCAAAGAAAACAGAUUUCUAACAGUCAGAAAUUUAGUUUGCAUAUUUAUUGCUAAUAACAAAUGUCCUGCUGGUGAAUUUUGUUGCAUCUUUAGCUAAAUCUUUCUUACAAGAAAAUUACAUGGAGGAGUGAGGAGGGGAAAAAAAAAAAUCAAAAAAAAAAGUAGAUCACUGCUAGCUUUGGAGGAAAAACAUCUAUCAGCAGUUGGGAGGUUUUUAAUAUAUAUAUACUACUUGUUUCUUUGGAUGAAUAUAGAGUGUUUAAGGAAGUUCAGAAAGGAUAAUGGGAAUGUGUAAUUUGGUCUAAAAUUGUAAUUGCUAAAUAAGGCAGAAGAGAGUUUCUUGUUCAUUACUUGCUAUAUAUUUGAUUCAGUUAGAAUACCUGAUGGUGAAGAAUUACUGUGACAUUUCCCAUACUUCGACUAUUUAAAGAAACUUAAAGGUGGCUCAUUCAAUAUUCAUUUAUUAGAACCGGCUUCUUCAACUUAAAAUUAUUUACAAAUAAAGUUGAUGACACAAUAAGACAAUCAGAAGGCAAAUAGUCCUGAAGAUUCAGAAUCCACUAUGCCAAAAAUUGCAAUACAUACUUUAUGUGACUACAGACAUUUUGGAGCAUACUGAGGAAAAAUAGAUAACAAUGUCUGUAACUGAAUUAAUUUGUUCUUAUUCACAUUUGCACUGAUGUUGAUCCAACACCUUAUUUCAGUACUUGUAGAAUGUUACUGAUCUCAGUAAGACUCUUCAACUGCUUAUUGUUGAGCACAUGCUAAGUUUUUGUUGGCCAGAGUGUGGACAGUCUUCAUCCUCUUUUGGAAUUCAGGACAAUGAAUUUUCAUGGACUUGGUCCACAAGGCAAAAUUUCCUAUGUGGUUGUAUUAAUUGGAGCUGAGCUACUUGCAGUGUUUAAGGCGAGUAUGAUUUAUCCACAAAGGUAUUAUUAUGAGGAGUGGAUAGAGAGAAUUGAGGGGUUCCUCUAAGGAUUAAAAGAUGAGGAUAAAGUUGAUGAAAAUAUAAACAGUUUUAAUUUAUACACCAUGAGAAAACUGUCCACUAAAAAUAAUGGACCACAGUGACUAACAGCACAUUAAAUACUUUUGCUUACAUUUUUCAGUUAAUUAAUGAAGACACCUUUUUGGAUAGAAAACUAGGUUGUGGACAAAACCUAUUCUAAACGUAGUUGUUUUCCAUUAAAUAUUAGUUUUCUUUAUCUGUUUAAAAAAAGAAAAAGACACAAUCUCUUCUGAGUUCAGAGAUCACAACAAGAAAUAGAUCUACUAUUUAUGCCAUUAACACUGAAAUAGAUUUCUUGAGGUGCAAUAUUUAUUUUUUGCUUAUACAAGACACGUUUAUUGUUUCUCCUGCACAGCACAGAUGUUUCUAGUAAAAGGAAUUUUAAAAGGGCACUAUUUUUGUGUAUCAUAUUUAAAUCUGUAACAUUGUAAGAUUUUGCACCAGUGUGCUGGUAUUGUACUGUAUAGUAUCACAUACUUGAGUUUUGAAAUAAAAGUACAGUUUCAAAGUC